AUUUCUAGGUGUCUAUAUUGUCACAAUGGUUGGUAACCUUAGCAUAAUCAUAUUGAUCAAAAAUAGCUCCCAGCUUCAUACUCCAAUGUACCUUUUCCUCAGUCACUUGGCUUUUGUCGAUAUCCUGAUUUCUUCAUCUGUCACACCUCUAAUGCUUAUGAACUUCCUUGAGGACAUAACCUUAAUCCCUUUGGGAGGCUGUUUGGCCCAGAUGUUUUGUGGAUGCACCCUUGGGACUUCUGAAUGCUUCCUGCUGGCUGUGAUGGCUUAUGAUCGUGUGAUGAUCCCCAUGCUGAAUCCCCUGAUCUACAGUCUAAGGAACAAUGAAGUAAAAGGAGCCUGGAGAAAACUGAUGAGUAGAAAAUACUUUCUUUCAUGAAUUCAAUUCAAUGCAUGCAUUAAAAAAAAUUCAUUUGUA